GAAAACACAUGAGUGUCUGCUUUUGUCUUUGAGAGCCACCACAAUGGAUAUCUACGAGUAUAUAAAGUCUUGGAAAUUAUUCAAACAUUCAAAAUGAACUCUACCGUCUCACGCUUAGCACUAGGUCUGGCUGUUGCUCUGGUUCUAGUCUACACUGAAGCCACAAACGGUGCUGCCGUGAUGGAUGAGCAGGAGACGCCAUCGUUGGUCAAGAACUCGGACAUAUCGGCGCAGUUGGGCAUUGACAUGAAAUACACCGGUCGUCGUAUCACUUUAAUGCCACUAAGCCAAAAUUUGACACAACGUCGUCCCUCUGUCUAUUACUAGGAACAACGUAUUGAAUAUUCCGAAGCCUGUGUGGGGGUCGGCCUCGAGUGCUACCUGGCCGAGCAAUGUUGCACAAAGAUGUGCCUCAAAUUUUCCAAGCGCUGCACUUAUAAAUCUCCAAAUUUAAGUUAAUACGAGAACUUCAAAAAUAUACAAAUACAAUACAUAUAAUGAAUGCAUAAGAAACUUUAUAGUC